AUGAGAAAGAAUACUCCAGCUGCUAUUCAAUGUUUCUCAACAUGUCAAAACAUUUGUCUCACUCCAACUUGUCCACCAACUAACAAUUCUCACAAAUUGUUCAACACUGAAAGAGGACCAAAGGCUAUUGGACCAUACAGUCAAGCUACCAUUCUCAAUGAAAGACUUGUUUUUGUUAGUGGACAACUUGGUCUUGAUCCAAAGACUGGUGCUUUGGCUGAAGGUCUCGAUGCUCAAUGUCAUCAAGCUUUGAAGAAUAUGUCUGCUAUUUUGGAAGAUGCUGGUAGUUCAAUGGAUAAUGUUUUGAAGACUACUAUUCUUUUGACUGAUAUGGCUCACUUUGAAGUUGUCAAUAAGAUUUAUGAAUCAUAUUUCCCAAAUAAUAAGCCUGCAAGAGCUACUUUUGCUGUUAAGGCUUUGCCAAAGGGUGGUGUUGUUGAAAUUGAAGCUGUUGCUUAUCAAAAUGUUACUCCACAACAUAAUUAA